GAUGAUGGAAGCAAAGCAAAAGACAAUGGCAUCAGCACAUCCUUCAAUCCUCCUCUUCCUUGUCUUCAUCUCUUCCACAGUCGGCGGCACCACAACAUGCCGGGACACAUGCGGCUCCACACAGGUCAAAUAUCCAUUCGGAACCGGCCCCGGUUGCGGCUCCCCUCUCUUCACCCCUUACAUCUCAUGCACUUCAAACGGCACUUCCGACCAACUCACCCUCAAAACCCACACAGCCUCAUACCCAAUCACCUCCAUCUCAUACCCUACUUCCACACUAACCCUAACCCCACCAACCAUGUCCACAUGCACCUCCAUGCACACCUCACCAACCAACUUCGGCCUUGACUGGGCCACACCCUUCCAAAUCACCUCCACCACCUUCAUCCUCCUCUCUUGCCAGCCCCCACUCAAAGCCACUCCCAUCUGCGACCCUUCCCUAGACUACCUUUGCGCAUCCAUUUACACGUGUCCUUCCGUGGUUUCACUCGGCAUGCCUCUCUUCCCUCCCGCCAACACUUGCUGUGUGUACUCGCCGGCUAACCUUGAUGGUAAGGGUGAGUUGGACCUACAAGCCAUGAAGUGCGGUGGUUAUGCUUCCGUCGUGUCGCUUGGGGAUACCCCUACGGACCCUACUCACUGGGUUUAUGGUGUCAACUUGAAGUUCUCUUAUGGUGCUCUUCAGAGUAACUAUGUCACCAGUAAGUGUAACACGUGCGAGUAUAGCGGUGGAAUCUGCGGGUAUGCUACUCCCGGAGAUGCAUUUCUUUGUGUCUGUAAAGGUGGAUAUAACACUAGUUUGGAUUGCUCCAAUAAUGGUUUCAACCAGAACCAGCUCCAGGACUAUCUCUGGGACUCUUUUUCCUCUCCAACAAUGUUUGCACCUAGCGGGUAUGUUUGGAGUUUCAUCUUGGCUGGUAUUGUCUCCAGCUUAUUUUGAGCCGCGAUUCACCAUGCAGCUGGAUAUUGAAUAUUAGCUAGCUGCUAGCUCGUUUGUAGUUAUGCAUAGCAGCAAGGCAUUUUCAAACUUACUUUAAUUAAUGUGCCUAAAAGUUGCAUUGUGUUACAAAAGUAGUAUGUUUAAAGGUAAGGAAUAAAGGUUGUAUUGUAC